AUGGCUGUGUUAUACCUUUGCUGGCUGGCUUGGGCUGCGUCCUGCCUCGCUCAACUUCAGAGCUUUCAUCCCAUCGGACACGAUGAUCUUACCUACAGCAUCAAUAUUCCUCAGAGCACGGCGCAGUCGGGCUCAGGGUCGAUAUACUUUCAAUUAAACUCAACAAAACAAGUGCGAUGGUUCGCCCUGGGCCAGGGGACGCGGAUGGUGGGCGCGAAUAUCUUCGUUGUAUAUCCAAAUGGCAACAACAACAUCACUGUUUCACCACGACUGGGCAUGGGCGAAAUCCAACCACUAUUCAACAGUGAUGCUCAAGUCUCGCUCUUGGAUGGAAGCAGUGUCUCCAAUGGCGCGGUAACCGCGAAUAUCCGAUGCGAUAGCUGUAUCAAAUGGACUGGUGGAAGCGCCGACGUGACAAGCUCCUCAAGCUCCUGGAUCUGGGCCGUGAAAUACGGAUCACCGCUAGAUUCGAGCGAUGUCUCUGCCGAACUCACUCAACAUGACGAUUCCGGUGCUGUGACUGUUGACCUCGUCAAAGCUACAGGAGGAAGCUCCGAUAAUCCAUUCUUCGAUUCCUCCAAAUCCACCUCUUCGUCUCCUGUGACUCCUACAAAAGUCACCACGGCUACUGCUCAGAAUCCGCUAGCCGUGUUCAACAAGAAGAGAACCGCACACGCAGUACUAAUGAUCAUUGCAUUCGUGAUCAUGUUCCCCUUCUUCGCCUUGACACUUCACAUCUUCCCAUCCUCCAAGACAGCAAGUGUCCACGGGUUACUUCAGCUUCUGACGCUGGUGGUUGCUCUAGUCGGCCUCGGACUCGGAGUGUCCAUGGCCCAGGAUAUCAACUUGUUGACCAACCACCACCCUAUCAUUGGCAUGGUGGUUGUUGCCGGACUGACUGCUUUCCAGCCAAUCAUGGGCCUGCUGCAGCAUCGCUAUUAUCGCAAGAGUGGUGGAAAGGGCAUCUUUGGUUAUGUACAUCGGUGGUUUGGGCGAGUGAUGAUUGUUUUGGGAAUUAUCAAUGGUGGGCUUGGGUUUCAAUUGGCGAGGGGACCUAAGGGCGCUAUUAUUGCGUAUAGUGUUGUGGCUGGAAUUGUGGGAGUGUUUUAUUGUGCGGUUAUUGUCUGGGUACAGAUGGGUCCGAAACGCAGUCGGUGA